AUGAUUAUUUAUCAUCGACAAGAUUAUAUUUAUCUAUUAUGUAUUAUAUGUAGUAGUCUUAUGUUACUUACAAGUAUUAUUAAUAUAAUUUAUAUUGUUCAACGUUCAAUAUUAAAUAAAACGAAUCAAUAUACACAAAUAUCUAUGUCAAAUAUUUAUCUAAAUAAUAGAACUAAUAAUUCAGAAGAAAUAUCUCAAAAACAAAAUGAUUAUUUUGAAGAAACAUAUAAAAUAUUUAUGAAGUCAUCUAUACAUAAUUAUUUUUCUAGAAUAGAAAAUCGAAAUCUAUCAUUAAAUUAUUGUCCACCUAUACCACCUAAUCUUCAAGGUGCUUUAAGAAUUCAUGAAGUACCAAAAAAUUUUUCUAUUACAACUAAUUCAUCAUAUCAUAUUGAUGUUCAAUUAGGUGGUUUUUAUCAACCAAUAAAUUGUUUAGCUCGUCAUAAAGUAGCUAUUAUUGUACCAUAUCGUGAUCGUUGGGAUAUUCUUACUCAUUUUCUUUUUCAUACACAUGAAAUUUUACAACGACAACAACUAGAUUAUCGAAUAUAUGUAUGUGAACAAGCAUUUAAUAAAACUUUUAAUAAAGGUAUUGUUAUGAAUGGUUGUUUUAAAGAAAUUUUAAAACUUGAGCCAAAUACACACUGUUUUAUAAUGCAUGAUGUCGAUUUAUUAUUAACUGAUGAUAGAAAUAUGUAUACAUGUCCAAGAUAUCCACGUCAUUUAAGUGUUGCUAUUGAUAAAUUCCAUUUUUAUUUACCUUAUGCACAACUUGUUGGAGGUGUUUUAGCUAUGCGUCGUGAACAUUAUCUACUUGUGAAUGGUUAUUCAACAAAUUAUUGGGGUUGGGGUGGUGAAGAUGAUGAUAUGCAUGCUCGUAUUAUUAGUAAAAAUUUAAAAGUUGAACGUCCACCAGCAUCUAUUGCACGUUAUAAAAUGUUAAAACAUACUCAUCAAAAAUUAAAUCCUGCUCGUAUGAAUGUUUUACGUACAGCACGAAGUCGUAUUGAUUCAGAUGGUCUUAAUAAUGUUAAAUAUAAAUUAUUAAAUACAACUUUUUAUCAUCUUUAUACUCAUUUUAUAAUUGAUGUUGGUGAACAACCAAAAUAA